CCGAACCGGAGCCGCCGCUGCUGCAAGGCGGAAACAUGAAGACACCGAACCGAGCUGCCGCGGCGGGAGCUGCUCAUUACCGGAGGUGAAACGGAAAACAUGAACGAGGACACGCGCCCAGACGAUGACAGCUACAUUGUGCGAGUCAAAGCCGUGGUGAUGACCAGAGACGACUCCAGCGGCGGCUGGCUGGCGCAGGACGGCUGCCUGAGCCGGGUGGGCGUCUGCAGGCUGCUGCCGGCCGAGCUGCUGGGACGCAACACGUUCCUGAUCCACGGAGAGCGUCUGAAGGACCGGCAGGUGAUCCUGGAGUGUUUCCUAAAGAAAGACCUGGUUUACACGAAGGCCACGCCCACGUUCCACCACUGGAAGGUGGACAACAGGAAGUGUGGACUGACCUUCCAGAGCCCGGCCGACGCCCGAGCCUUCGACCGCGGGGUGAGGAAGGCUCUGGAGGACCUGACGGAAGGGUCGACCACGUCCUCGUCCACGCUGCAGAACGAGGCGGAGCUCGGAGAUGACGACGUCUUCACGACGGCCACCGACAGCUCGUCCAACUCGUCUCAGAAGCGAGAGCCGCCGAUGCACGCUUUGGCGCUGCCCAACUUCUGCGAGACCCGCCGGCACCACUGCAUCAUGGGACAUUUCUACGAGCAGCACCGGCCGUCUGAUCACUACUUUCUCAACCAGGCGGUGCACAUGUUUCCUCGUCACGUCAGCUUCCAGGUGGAGGAGGACAUCGUACGCAUCAACCCCCGCGAGCGUUCCUGGCUCACCGGCUACGAGGACUAUCGCCACGCCAACGCCACACGCAGCAACGCCCCGCCCCACAACCCCGACGCCUGCGUGCACUUCACCAAGAGCGAGCCGCCCAAACACGACUACGCCUACCCGUACCCGCUGAGCUGCGACGUGCAGCGAGGCUGCGACGGGAAGCCCGGCCGCCUGGAGCCGGGCGGCCGCAGGGCGGUGGUGACGGUGCAGCCGCGAGCCCUGCAGCCCAAAGGCAAACGGAGGAAGGAGGACGGCGAGCGCUCGCGCUGCGUUUACUGUCAGGACAUGUUCAACCACGAGGACAACGGGCGCGGGCGCUGCCAGGAAGCACCCGACCCCAUCCAGACCUGCAUCCGGCGGGUCAGCUUCAUGUGGUGCGCCGACAGCCUGCUGUACCACUGCAUGUCGGACCCGGAGGGCGACUACUCGGACCCGUGCUCCUGCGACACCAGCGACGAGCGCUUCUGCCUGCGCUGGACAGCGCUGGUGGGCCUGUCGCUGCUGGCGCCCUGCAUGUGCUGCUACGCCCCCCUCAGGGCGUGUUAUCGCUGCGGCGUCGCCUGCCGCUGCUGCGGCGGCAAACACAAAGCGGUGGGCUGAGGCUCCGCCCACAGGGUCAGGGGAGGCGGGGCCACAGAGGCUGUGAUUCUGUGUCGUUUCUGUUGUUGUUGUUGUUUGUCUCGAUGUCCACAAGGAGGCAGAAGAAAGGUUCCUGUUGUUCUCUGAGGACCAAAAGGCUUCACUCCUCAUGAAGGCUGGACGUACUCAUUUCUAUAUAAAGUUAUAUGAAUAUAUAUAAAUCUAUAUAUAAAA